ACGACCACCAAGGCAAUCUUUUCUUCUCAUCUUACGACCACCACUUGCAUACCCUUUCCCAGAUUUUCCAUGGAAAAAACAAUGCCGAUUCAUGAGGCUCAACACCCAACAAACAGGAACUUGAUCACAAUUCUAAGCAUCGAUGGGGGUGGCAUCAGGGGGAUCAUUCCUGCUGCUAUACUUGCUUUCCUUGAAUCAGAACUUCAGGAGUUGGAUGGAGAAGAAGCUAGACUUGCAGACUACUUUGACGUGAUUGCAGGAACAAGCACAGGUGGUCUUGUUACUGCCAUGUUAGCUACUCCAAAUGAAAAUAAUCGACCACUCUUUGACGCUAAGGAUAUCAAGCCCUUCUAUCUCGAGCAUGGUCCUGGAAUUUUCCCACAGAACAGUGGCUUGUUUGGAGCAAUCAGAAAAAUGUUCAGAUCUCUUAUAGGACCAAAGUAUGAUGGGAAAUAUCUUCAUGGGGUUCUAAGGGAGAAAUUAGGGGAAACACGGCUAGACAACACAUUGACCAAUGUUGUUAUACCGACGUUUGAUAUCAAGCACCUACAGCCAACCAUUUUCUCGUCAUAUGAGGCGAAAAAUGACCCUUGUUUGAAUGCUCAACUGUCCGACAUAUGCAUUGGCACGUCGGCAGCUCCAACUUAUCUUCCUGCUCACCACUUCAAUCACCAAACCAGUGCUGGGAAUUUUAGUAACUUCAAUCUUAUAGAUGGUGGUGUUGUUGCAAACAAUCCGGCUCUUGUUGCCAUAAAUCAAGUGAUCAAACAGAUCUUCGAUGCAAAUCCUGAUUUCUUUCCAAUAAAGUCCACAGACUAUGGUCGUUUUCUGGUGAUCUCAAUAGGAACAGGCUCAGGAAAGAUAGAGAAAAGAUACAAUGCUAAAAUGGCGGCCAAAUGGGGCCUUCUGAAUUGGUUAAUUCAUGGAGGUUCAGUUCCAUUAGUGGAUGUGUUUACUCAAGCAAGUGCAGAUAUGGUUGAUUCAAAUCUAGCUGUGGUUUUCCAAGCCCUUCAUUCAGAAGAGAAUUACCUUAGAAUUCAAGAUGACACCUUGACUGGGACAGCAGCUUCAGUUGAUAACUCUACGAAAGAGAACUUGAACAAACUUGUAGAGAUAGGGGAGAAACUGUUGAAGAAACCAGUAUCAAGGGUGAAUUUGCAGACAGGUUUGUCAGAACCAGCCAAAAACUGUGGCACAAAUGAGGAGGCUUUGCGAAUGGUAGCAAAAAAACUUUCACAAGAAAGAAAGUGUCGAAAGGGAAAACCUGCAAACAAGGAGAACCUGAAAGUUGAAGUCGACACUCGUCUUUAAGUCGGGCUAUUAAGCACGUACGUGCUUAAUUGCAUCCAAUCUACAUGUGCAGUCAAAGUUCUUUUAUGUGUAAUUCAGCUUAUUCUUUUCAUUCUUUAAUUUUCUUGUAAUGUCUCGGAUCAACCCAUGAAAGGAAUUACAUUGUUCGUUGAUUGUUUGAAGCGUGUUUGUAUUAAAUUUGUAUUAAUACGUGUUUGAUGUAAAAAUUAUGACUAAUCAUGUUAUAUGUGAUUGAAAAUUUUAUAUUGAAAUGAUGUGUUACUCUAUAUAAUUA